CCGAGUCCGUGAGGUCCCUCACUUCUCGGCGUUCCCGCCAACCACGCCUGUGUGAAAAUGAUAGAUUCCUUUGUAAUGAUUGCGCAAGGCUACGUAGAGACCGUUCUUUCUCGGACCCGUCUCUAGUCAUUGAGCCUCAGCACCUACAUUCCUUACCCCUGAAUUCCCCGGCCAAUUUGGCCAGGUGACGUCCACCAACGUAAACAAUGGCCGAGGACCAGAAGCCCUUCCACAUCAUCGUGGCCGGCGGCGGCCUGGUGGGCUUGAGCGCCGCGCACAUCUUCCAGUCCCUGGCCGCGACGCUGUCCGCAAGCUCGUCGCGCCCCGUCGUCAGGUUCACGGUCCUGGAAGCGCAUCCCAGCGUGACCCCCUACAUCGGCUCGCUGCUGCUCUUCUAUCCGUCCACCUUUCGUGUCUACGACCAGCUGGGCCUCCUCUCGGCCCUGAGGCCGCUGGUCGACGAGACGAACUUCUAUGUUAAUUUCCGUGCCGAAGAUGGCAGCGUGCUGUGCAGGGAGACGGGGCUGGCUGAUAUGGCCGAGCGCCGACACGGCCACGGCUUCAGGGUGGUCCACCGGCCCGUCUUUGUGGAGUGCUUGUACGAGAACCUGAGCCAGGAGAGCAAAUCAAGCGUGCUGCUCGGGAAGCGCGUGGUGGGCGCCCAGGUCGACGACGAGGGCGUCAAGGUGACCUGCCAAGACGGCACCGUGGUGGAGGGCGACAUCUUGAUCGGCGCGGACGGCGUGCGGAGUCGGGUCAGGAGCGCCAUGCAGCAACUCAAGGCGAAGGCGGAGGAGGAUCCGGAGGCUGCCGCGGAAGAGGCCGAGCGGGCGAAAAACGACAAGAGCCCGUAUCUCGCGAGCUUCCGCAUGCUGUUCGGAAACGCGCCUAUCCCUCCCGGCCUGCCGAACGAGACGAAUUUCGAAGGUGCACACCCGGGUAUCUCGACGCAGAUCCUCACGGGCACGAAGCAGGCGUGGUGGGCCGUGUACGAGCAGUUGGAAACGCCGACCCGAGACCGUGCGCGGUAUACCGAAGACGACAAACAGAAGCUCGUAGAGAAAUGGGGUCAUCUCCACAUGACGCCGGGCUACACCCUGAACGACAUCAUCUCCAAGCACAACAGGGGCCCGCUCGGCCUGAUCAACCUCGAGGAGGGAUUGGUGGACACGUGGACCUGGGACCGCAUUGUGCUCGUGGGCGACGCGGUGCGCAAGGUUGAGCCGCACGCGGGCCUAGGCUUCAACCAGGGCCUGACGGACAUUGUGACUAUCGCGAACAAGCUGCACGGCCUUUUGAAGUCGAGCGGGCCGGCACCCAGCGCCGACGACCUGAGGAGGAUCUUCGAGGAGUACCAGGGGGAGAGGCUGGAGGUCAUGCCGACCAUCGACCGGGUGUGCAGGAGGAGGGCGCGGCAGGUCGCGUGGCCGCACUGGGGCUUCAGAGUCUAUGCGACGUGGGUACUGCCCUAUGUGCCCCUGGCGCGCCUCGGCCUGAAAUACGUGAUGGGGCCGGUCAUCAAGAAGACGCCAGUCCUGGAGUGGCUCGAAGAACAAAACCUGCCCGCCCACGAGAUCGAAUAUGAGCAUCAAGGACUCCAAGACUCGAAACUGAGCACGCAAGCUGUGGUAGGCAAGGGCGAGCACAAGUAUGGCCUGCCUUUGGUCACCGCGGCCGGGCUACUGGCAGGACUGGCGGUUGUGGGCUGGAGGUAUUACCCUAGAAUAUAGAGGUUGGUCCAAGUUUGGAAAGCAAGGCGCGUCAGGUUCGAACAGGAGACCGUGGGCUGUGAUCAAGCCCGGGUAUUUCCAAUUCAUCGUCGGGCGCCAUAAUAUAUCCAUGUGCUUUAUGAGAUCUGUGCGCAUGCAUGUACAUUUUCGUCGGCUUGCACGGCCGCUGGCAACAUACAAUCUUUUCGCUUCAUCUCAAACCAUAAGACGAGAUCGUCGGAUCUGGUUGGGGGCGCGACAAGUGCCAGUUAC